AUGGAAACCCGGGCCCAACAUGGUAUUUUCAAGCCCAAGGUUCCUUUUAACCUUUCGGCCCAACAUAUAUCACCCAUACCACGUAGCCUGAAACUUGCCUUGCUUGACCUGAAUUGGAAUGCCGCUAUGAAUGAGGAAUUUCUUGCUCUUACUAAACAACACACUUGGGAUCUUGUUCCCAAACCAGAUGGGGUAAAUGUUAUUCGUUGUAUGUGGCUCUUUAAACAUAAAUUCAAGGAACAUGGUGAUCUUGAGCGAUACAAGGCUCUUCUUGUUGUUAAUGGCAAGUCACAACAGCUUGAUGUGAAGAAUUCUUUUCUUCAUGGUGAUCUUAUUAAAGAGACUGUUUACAUGCACCAACUUCCAGGGUUCGUUAACCGAUCUUCUCCAACUCAUAUUGGCUUCGUGUGUAGCCAGAGUGAUAACUCUUUAUUCAUCUUCCGUCAGGGUUCGACCACUUCUUAUCUUCUGCUAUAUGUCGAUGACAUUGUGUCAACGACCUCUUCUGCGACCCUCACUUCUGAUAUAAUCUCUUUUCUCAAGACCGAGUUUGACAUGACUGAUUUAGGGAAACUGAGUUAUUUCCUUGGCAUUUCUGUGACCCGGACGCGUGGCCGUAUGUUCCUUUGUCAGCGGAAAUAUGCCGAAGAAAUUAUUAACAGGGCUAAGAUGUCUAAUUGCAAGCCGGUUUCGACACCCGUUGACUGCAAGUCGAAGCUCAGUGCCUUUGAUGGGGAUCCGGUUGUUGAUCCCUCUCUUUACCGCAGCCUUGCGGGUGCCCUUCAAUACCUCACCUUCACUCGUCCCGAUAUCGCAUAUGCUGUCCAACAAAUAUGCUUAUUUAUGCAUGCGCCCCGUGAGCCACACUUCAAUGCUUUAAAACGCAUCAUUCGCUACCUCAAAGGCACUGCCGAUCAUGGUUUUUAUCUUUACCGAUUGCCGCCCACUCGUUUGGUGUCUUACACGAAUGUCGACUGGGGUGGGUGUCCCGACACCCGUCGCUCUACUUCCGGCUACUGCGUAUUUUUGGGCGACAAUCUUGUGUCUUGGUCGACAAAGCGACAGGCCAUACUAUCUAAGUCUAGUGACGAGGCCGAGUACCGGGCCGUGGCAAAUGUUGUUGCCGAAACAUGCUGGCUCCGCAACUUGCUUUUAGAGCUCCAUUGCCCCCUCCGUCGUGCUUCUCUUGUCUACUAUGACAACAUUUCCACGGUAUAUUUGUCAAGCAACCCCGUCCAACAUCAGCGAACUAAGCAUAUAGAGAUAGAUAUCCACUUUGUUCGAGAAAAGGUUGCUAUUAGGCAUAUUCGGGUUCUUCAUGUUCCCUAUUCGUAUUAG